CAUGGUUUCGCGCUGCUGGCUCUGGUGGCGCUGGUCAGCGUGGCCUCGGACCCGGCCGCCAUCCACCGGGAGCACCCCGAGUAGGAGCAGGGCAUCUUUGGGGCUGGAUAGGAGCCCGGGGAAACCGGCGAACAUUAAGUGUAGGGUCGGAGCGAAGCAGGGUCCGGGCCGGAGAGGGACGAGACAACAGGUCUAUUCAUGCCGGCGAGAUGGGGGCAUGUGGGCGCCUGUGCGGUGAGACCUGAGGCCUCUAGGUUGAGACAGAGGUCGACGAAGGUGAAAAGGAGACAACGCGAGGCCCACAGGAGUGAGACAGGGGGAUGGCGGUGAUAUGGAAGUCUGUGAAUGAGAGGGAAGUCUGGGGUAAAACAGGGAUCUAUAUGGGCAAUACAGAAGGGUUGGAACAGGUAAGAUGGUGGCAUUGUGAGGCGAUCCUUAGGGGCGAGAUUGGGAUGAUAUGAUGUGGAUUAUUGCCGAUUGGCAAUGGGACCCCGUAAGAAAAAUGAAGUUUUGUUCAGGGCAGCUUGUGAUGAUGGGGGUUUGGGAGUUAACCAUUGUUUUUGGUGGUGUAAGUUCACGGGUGAGAUGUGGGCCUCUGAAUGAAGAUGCUGCUUUUGGGGGUUCACAUGAAAUAGGGGACCCUGCAAACACCAAAGCUUUGAAGAACAAGAGGGUGCAGCCCCAGGCUUACACCAGCAGUUCUCUACACAAGAGAAGACUCCCCAGAUCUGUGUGGUGGGCAGCGGCCCAGCUGGCUUCUACACUGCCCAACAUUUGUUAAAGCACCACCCCCAGGCUCACGUGGACAUCUAUGAGAAGCAGUUUGUGCCCUUUGGCCUGGUGCGCUUUGGCGUGGCACCCGACCACCCGGAGGUGAAGAAUGUCAUCAACACAUUUACCCAGACAGCCCACUCUGACCGCUGUGCCUUUUGGGGCAACGUGGAGGUGGGCAGGGAUGUGACAGUUCCCGAGCUGCAGGAGGCCUACCAUGCUGUGGUGCUGAGCUACGGGGCAGAGGACCACCAGGCCCUGGGCAUCCCUGGGGAGGAGCUGCCGGGUGUGUUGUCGGCCCGGACCUUUGUGGGCUGGUACAACGGGCUUCCUGAGAACCGGGAGCUGACACCAGACCUGAGCUGUGACACAGCCGUGAUUCUGGGGCAGGGGAAUGUGGCUCUAGAUGUGGCCCGAAUCCUACUGACCCCACCUGAGCACCUGGAGAGAACAGACAUCACGAAGGCAGCUCUGGAAGUACUGAGGCAGAGUCAGGUGAAAACGGUGUGGAUAGUGGGCCGGCGUGGACCCCUGCAAGUGGCCUUCACUAUUAAGGAACUUCGGGAGAUGAUUCAGUUACCAGGAACCCGGCCCAUUUUGGAUUCUGAAAAUUUCUUGGGCCUUCAGGACAGAAUCAAGGAGGUCCCCCGCCCAAGGAAGCGUCUGACGGAACUGUUGCUUCAAACAGCCACACACAAGCCAAGUGGGGAGGAGGCUGCCCACCAGGCUCUGGCCUCCCGUGUCUGGGGCCUUCGAUUUUUCCGAAGCCCCCAGCAGGUACUGCCCUCACCAGAUGGGCAGAGGGCAGCAGGCAUUCGCCUGGCAGUCACCAGAUUGGAGGGUGUUGGUGAGGCCACCUGGGCAGUGCCCACGGGGGAUACAGAGGACCUCCCUUGUGGCCUGGUGCUGAGCAGCGUUGGGUAUAAGAGCCGCCCUAUUGACCCCAGUGUGCCCUUUGACCCCAAACUUGGGGUCAUUCCCAAUACGGAGGGCCGGGUUGUGGAUGUACCAGGCCUCUACUGCAGUGGCUGGGUAAAAAGGGGACCCACAGGUGUCAUAGCCACAACCAUGAGCGACAGCUUCCUCACUGGUCAGAUGCUGCUGCAGGACCUGAAGGCUGGAUUGCUUCCCUCUGGCCCCAGGCCUGGUGCGGUGGCCAUCCAGGCCCUGCUCAGAAGUCGAGGGGUCCGGCCAGUCUCUUUCUCAGAUUGGGAGAAGCUGGAUGCUGAGGAGGUGGCCCGGGGCCAGGGUGCUGGGAAGCCCCGGGAGAAGCUGGUGGACCCAAGGGAGAUGCUGCAGUUGCUGGGGCACUGAGCCCAGAUUCUGGCCCCUGGUGGGGCAGGAGGGCAGGCAGAGGCUCUGGUCAGUCCAAGUAGGACUCUAGGUCCAAGUAGGACCCCAGCUGCAUCACUGUCUGUCCUGGCUCUCAGGCUUGGCUGCAUCUCCUCGGGGGCCUUCUCUUGUAAGGUUGCCUUACCAAUGUGGGUUUAGCUUUCAACAAAGAAGUGACCUUAGCUAGGGGUGGAUGGAGGUGCAGGCCGACCUUACUCCUUCCACCUCUCCUGAUGGACUAUGGAGGGUCACCGGAUUGUGAACAUGAUGGAAAUAAAACAGCUACAACCAAG